AUGCAUAUACUUCUGUGGUGGGUGAUUAUUCUGUUGUCAGAAAUCAAAUUGCAUGAUAUCCUAAAUACACUCACAGUGGGUAGUUGCUGGUAUGAAGUAGAGAAAUUUAAUUAUCCAAGAAGUCUGGGCCAUCCAUCCGAUGAUUUGUGUUUCUGCAUCUCGGUCUUCCAACAAAUCCCGGGCACACUUUUGGUGAAAGGAUCAUUGCAGCUUAAAGAAAGCCCAGUCUCAGGUGAUGCCUGCUUCUUUUUGGACUUCACUGGUGAUGCCUAGUUCAGCCUCCUCUGUGUGGAUAUGUAAACAAUUUAAGAUCACGAGGCCAAUGGGUGAGGAAUUUUCUAGGCUCAACCCUUGCAAGUUUGUUUUAUCUACUACUGUUUCUAGGUUGACAGUUUUCAGUUUGCAUUUUCUUGGAUUAUUAAUGGCAACUUCAGCGGUUGCCAACAUUAGUCUGCUACAUGGGGAAAACUUAGAUUAAUGUUCUAUUGUAUCACAAAUUUUCUUACAUCAAAUUAAUAAAAAACUUGUGUAUAUUUGUGCUGGAUAAAAAUCAGUGUCUACUUCCAUAUGAGUUACUUUUCUGCAACCAAGUCUACGAUGCAUUCUUAAUUUUUAUUUACAGGGGUUUUUUGUCUGCUGGGGCUUUCUCAUUGAUAUUCCAGCAAUUAGAAGUAGUUUUGAAAGAUAAAUUUUGUAUUGAGAAGGCAUCAGCAGCUGCCUCGUACUCUAAUCGUUCACGAUAACAGUGUAUGAUUUGCUGAACUCAUACUUGUAAGAUUAAAAUUUGUACCAUAUUUUUGGGAUAUUUACAAUGAAAAUGUCAGAAUUCAACUUGUAGCAGUAGAGUGGCAAAAACGCAUAGCAUACAAUGUUUAUUAUAAUUUUCAUGGUUAUGUGAUGAUUUCUUGUGUCAUUAAUUGUUAAUAAUAUUAAUUGCGGCUGUUGUUUUGUUUUAUACACAAUUUCAGCUUUGUUUUUU